CACCAUUCGUCGUCGCGAUUCGCGAAUACAUUUCUCGUUGGGUUUGGUGUUCUUCGCGUUAUUCGUAUGUUUCAAUUCUCAACCUUUGCGUUUCGUCGGCUACUUGUAGGAAGCAUUGAUUGAAUUAUCCGAAGCAGUAUUACCUUCGUCUUCUGUUUUUUUGAAAUAAUUUUGGUGGUUUUAUAUAAUAAAUGACAACAAGUUUUACUGGUCUGAAUUCUUCGCUGGCGAGCCGAGUAACUUCCGAGACGAGUUUUGGAAUUGUUUUCACGAAUUCGCGGUCGCCGGAAACCGGCGUCGGCACUGUUCCUGAGCUCCUUCUUUUGUCGCUGAUCAAGUUCAGAAAAAAGAGUUUGAUUCGCUUAAAGUCACUCCAAAACCUCAAGCAUGGAGAACACUGCAACAAAGGGAAUGGAAACACUGCAUAUCCAAGAAGCACGCGAAGAAAGUGCAGAUGAUAGGAUCGUCAGCAAACGUAAAGACUUAGGGGGUUGGGGUUGUGCUUUUCUUCUUCUAGCUAAUCAGGCCCUUGCAACCCUCGCUUUCUUCGGCGUCGGGGUGAACUUGGUGUUGUUCUUAACACGAGUCAUGGGACAAAACAAUGCCAUUGCAGCUAACAAUGUCAGUAUAUGGACCGGAACCGUUUACUUGUUCUCGCUCGUCGGAGCAUUCCUCAGCGACUCGUAUUGGGGCCGUUACCUCACUUGCAGCAUUUUUCAAGUCAUCUUCGUCUUGGGUCUUGUUCUUGUAUCCCUUACAUCAUGGCUUGUUCUGCUCAAGCCUAAGGGGUGCGGCGACGGUAAAAAAGACUGUGAGAACCCUCCCUCGUACGGGACUAUAUUGUUCUAUUUCGCUAUCUACUUGGUCGCCUUCGGCUACGGCGGCCACCAGCCGACGCUGGCCACAUUCGGCGCCGAUCAAUUCGACGACACCGACCCAAAGCAGAGGAGCUCCAAAGCUGCAUUCUUUUGCUAUUUCUACUUUGCACUCAACACGGGCUCCUUGUUCUCCAACACGGUCUUGGUUUUCUACGAGGACACCGGAAAAUGGACUCUCGGAUUCUGGGCCGCCGCCGCCUCCGCCGUCCUCGCCUUGGCUACCUUCCUCUUGGGAUCCUCCAGUUACCGGUACUUAAGGGCCUGUGGGAACCCGAUCCCACGUGUCAUGCAGGUGUUCGUCGCCGCCGCGAGGAAAUGGCGCGUGCCAGCCGAGCAAGGCGGCGCGCUCUAUGAAGUCCAAGGCGCCAACUCCGCCUUCAAAGGCAUCCGGAAAAUCAAACACACCGACGAUUUCCGGUGCCUCGACAAGGCGGCGACGGUGACGGCGACAGAGCCCGACUGCGACGCCGCCAGCCCGUGGCGGCUCUGCACCGUCACGCAGGUGGAGGAAGCCAAAUGCAUCCUCCGAAUGAUCCCUAUAUGGCUAUGCACGAUUAUAUACUCGGUGACCUUCACACAAAUGGCGUCGCUAUUCGUCGAACAGGGCGACGUGAUGGACACCCGAAUCGGGAAGCUCCACCUGCCGGCAGCGAGCAUGUCGGUGUUCGACAUCUGCAGCGUGUUGAUCUGCACGGGGCUGUACCGUCACGUGCUGGUCCCGGUGGCGGGGCGGCUGAGCGGCAACCCGAAGGGGCUGUCGGAGCUGCAGAGGAUGGGGGUGGGGCUGAUUCUGGGGAUGCUGGCGAUGGUGGCGGCGGGGCUGACGGAGAUCUGGCGGCUGAAGGCGGUGUUUCCCGGCGAGAGCUCGAGCCGGAUGAGCGUGCUGUGGCAGAUACCGCAGUACGUGCUGGUUGGGGCGUCGGAGGUGUUUAUGUACGUGGGGCAAUUGGAGUUCUUCAACGAGCAGGCGCCGGACGGGAUUAAGAGCUUCGGGAGCUCCCUGUGCAUGGCGUCGAUAUCGCUGGGGAACUUCGUGAGCAGCUUGCUGGUGCACAUGGUCAUGGAGAUCACGGCCAAGGACGACAAUCCCGGGUGGAUACCGGAGAAUCUCAACGCCGGACAUAUGGAUCGGUUUUAUUUUCUUAUAGCUAUUCUCACCGCCGUUGAUUUUGUGGUCUACGUGGCGUGUGCCAGGUGGUAUAAUCGCAUCACCUUUCAGCCGGCUGACGUGGACCGCGCUGAUGCCAACGUGGAGGGGCGGCGCGUGGCGGGUGAAGCCCCGGAAGGUAGGUGA